CAUAAAACGAGCAAAACUUCAUCGGAACAGGCAGUAGACAAAGAAGGACGUUCAAAUGAUUUAGUAGUUUAAGGGUGCAACCAAGGAAUACGACCGAUAUGGAGAUAUUUGUCGAAAAACCUUUUGGACCACGCUUUACUCCUCUGACUAAUGGCUCGGUAACGGAUAAGGUCACACCCGACAUGGCGCAUCUGGUAAGCUCAUAUUGGAGUCAAUUUCCACCUAUGGAUCCGAUAUGGAACAAAAUUCUUACUGUCUAUUUGAUUAUUAUCGGUAUGAUGGCAUGGUUUGGUAAUGGUACUGUCAUCUAUAUAUUUGCUACCACAAAAUCGCUGCGAACUCCGGCCAAUUUGCUUGUGAUCAACUUAGCCAUUUCGGACUUUUGUAUGAUGAUCUUAAAUACCCCACUGAUGGCAACAAAUUUAUAUUUUGAAACCUGGGUAUGGGGACCAAUGAUGUGUGAUAUUUAUGCUACUUUUGGUUCGGGGUUUGGUUGCAGUUCCAUAUGGUCCAUGUGUAUGAUUGCCUUGGAUCGUUAUAAUGUCAUUGUUCGGGGUAUGGCUGGGCAACCGAUGACAAUACGUUUGGCAUUAUAUAAAAUCUUUUUCGUAUGGCUAAUGAGUGCCGUGUGGACAUUUGCACCGAUAUUGGGUUGGAGUCGUUAUGUUCCCGAAGGCAACUUAACAUCCUGUGGCAUUGAUUACAUGGAUCAUGAGUUAAAUCCUGUGAGCUAUUUAAUAGCAUACACGAUUUUUGUAUAUGUCUUACCGUUAUUUCUAAUUUGCUACUCCUAUUGGUAUAUUAUUGCGGCUGUUUCGGCUCACGAAAAGACCAUGCGUGAACAGGCGAAAAAAAUGAAUGUCAAGUCGUUGCGUUCCUCGGAGGAUGCCGAGAAAUCUGCUGAGGCAAAAUUAGCUAAAGUGGCGUUGGUUACAAUAUCACUUUGGUUUAUGGCCUGGACCCCAUAUACAAUUAUCAAUUGCAUAGGUCUUUUUGGUUAUGAGGGCCUAACACCUUUAAAUACGGUUUGGGGUGCAUGUUUUGCUAAAUCGGCAGCAGUAUACAAUCCCAUUGUUUAUGCUACAAGUCAUCCGAAAUAUCGCCUAGCUCUGAAAGAAAAAUGUCCCUGCUGCAUCUUUGGAAAAUUGAACGAAGAUGGAGCGGCUGAAAGCGAUAGUGUUUCUCAGGUGGUCGAGGGCGAAACUAGGGCAUAACAUUGGUCAACGAAAAACUGAGGAGAGAAAAAAAUUCGAUGAUAUUGAAAUUUUGUAUAUAGGAACCAAACUUCUUUUGAAAACUCUGCAAUGUCACUAAAGACCAAAAAUCCAAAAAAAAAUCAAACCUGAAUAGAGAAUUCAAAAUAAAAUGCAAAUAUUUGUGCAAUUACUUUUUUGCCUGCGGCUUAAGAUGGCUAGCAAAUUACCUAC